AUGAAGUUUACAUUAUUUUUAAUAAUAAUAUUUGCAAAUUUAAUAAUACCAGAUAGAACAAAAUUUUUUGGAAAAUAUGUUCUUUAUCCCAAACAACAAGAAAUGUUAAAAUUUGAUGGUGAAAAUCAAAAUAUUCAGAUAGAUUGGAAUAAAUUUGCAAUAAUUGUAAAAUUAACUGUGGAGAAUUGGUUAAAAGAUGCUCAGGUUGAGUAUAAUAGACCAAUAAAUGAAAAAAUAAUUGAAGGAUUAAAAAUAAUUGAAAAAAAUGGAGAUUAA